AAACAUUUACUUCUUUACCAAAAAUCUCCAUUUCUAAAGAUUCAAAAUCAAACAUUUUUCUUCAUCAAAUAUGCAUAACAGUACAUCAUCAUCAUCACUUGGCCCAGGUGGUUUAGACCUAAGCCAAGUUUUCUUCAAAUCAAUUUCCAAUACUCAUCCACCAUCGCCCACAAAACGCCACACGAAAAUCUCCGUGAUUGGCGUUGGCAAUGUGGGGAUGGCCAUUGCUCAAACCAUCUUGACUCAGGAUCUCGUCGACGAGCUAGCUCUCGUCGAUGCGAAACCUGAUAAGUUACGCGGCGAGAUGCUUGAUCUCCAGCAUGCCGCCGCGUUCCUUCCCCGGACUAAGAUUGUCGCUUCUGUCGACUAUUCUGUUACGUCCGGGUCGGAUCUUUGUAUCGUCACUGCGGGUGCCCGACAGAACCCGGGUGAAAGUAGAUUGAAUUUGCUGCAGAGGAAUUUGACUAUGUAUAAAGGUAUUGUUCCGGAGUUGGUGAAGUAUUCGCCGGAGUGUAUACUGUUUAUUGUAUCAAAUCCGGUGGAUGUUUUAACUUAUGUUGCGUGGAAGUUAUCCGGGUUUCCGGCGAAUCGGGUUAUAGGGUCGGGUACUAAUCUGGAUUCAUCUAGGUUUCGGUUUUUGAUUGCUGAUCAUCUUGAUGUUAAUGCCCAGGAUGUCCAGGCAUACAUUGUUGGGGAACAUGGUGACAGCUCCGUGGCACUUUGGUCGAGCAUUAGUGUUGGAGGUGUUCCUGUGCUUAGUUUUCUGGAGAGGCAACAAAUUGCUUUUGAAAAGGAGACACUAGAAAAGAUCCAUAAACAAGUUGUGGAGAGUGCAUAUGAAGUGAUUAGUCUGAAAGGUUACACGUCAUGGGCGAUUGGGUACUCUGUAGCAAACUUGGCUCGAUCAAUUAUUCGAGACCAGAGAAGGAUUCACCCUGUCUCAGUCCUCGCGAAGGGAUUCUAUGGUAUUGACGGCGGUGAUGUGUUCUUGAGCUUGCCUGCACAGCUUGGUAGAAGUGGAGUUUUGGGUGUGACUAAUGUGCAUCUUACUGAUGAGGAAAUUCAACAACUUAGGAACUCUGCUAAGACUAUCUUAGAUGUGCAAAACCAGUUGGGAAUUUGACUUGAGUUAAUGUUAGUAAUAGUUUCCCUCUGUUACCACUACUUAAACUUAAUUACUAUUGUUUUUUACCAUACAGUACUUGAAUUUUGUUUUCUUGCAAAAUCUUUCCUGAGAAGGAAAAUUGUGGGAAAUACUUGUGUUACAGCAGUACAUGUUGGCUGCCCCCUUAUAUGUGGUACUGACUUUGAAAUAGAUUUUAACAGUGAACUUUGAUGCUACUCUUACUAA